GAGCAGGGGGCUGAUUGGCAGGGCUCUCCUGUAGUAGUGUGGGCGGAUCGUGCGACUGGCUGUUGCGGCUGACACUUUGUUUGGCUGCUGGCAGUUUGCACAUUGAGGAGCUUGUUGUGUUGCGCUGGAACCCCGAGACCUCUUUGCUUCCCGGCACUGGUUUUUGGCACUAACUCGUCCAUCUAAUGGGCCCCAGGUCCGGCUAAUGGAAUACUGGCGAGUUGGUGCGUCUGAUCCACAUGGACCAUGAUGGAGCCCCCGGCAGGAUACGAGGAGGUGGCGGGGACUAAGCUGGGGUACCUGCGGGUGGGGGGCAGACAACUUUUCGCCCUGGCGCAGGUGCUGAGCGGCCCAUUACGCGGAGUUCCGCGGGGGCGGGUGUGCCGGAGGAUGGAGCGGCUAAGGAUCCAGAUUCGGCGCUGUGACUUGUGGGAACUGCGGGCCCUGAAAGCUCUGAGAUCGGUUCCGAGUCGGGCGGUCCAAUGCUGUUUGAUCUCCCUGGAGGAUCUGCACGUGCUUUGCGCUUCCUCUUGGGGCCCUAAGACUGUCACUCCGGCCGAUGAGAUUGGGCAGAAUGGGAGACCAGAGAAGGAACGUCUCCCCUCCAGGAUCAAAGCAACAUUCCCAUCGGGUCUGGCCAGUUUAUUCCCUGGAACCUCGCGGAACCUGAGCACCGGCCACAGCCCCGCGUCUUCUCUGGGCUAUUCCAGUCCCUCCGACUCCAACCCGGAGCAGAUCAGCUCAUCGGACACCGAGUCGGACGACAGUGAAGCGUCUGUGCAAAAUGUCAGGUAUCGGGCACCAAAAAUCCCUACAAAAAGAAAGUCGGCGGUACCGCGGGGGCGGGGUAGAGAGGUGCGCUUGCACUGUAGGACCGCGGAGGCGGAGUCAUUUUCAGUAUGUGACCCAGAAGUAGAAGGAGAAUGGCCUGUGGCACAAAAUAAUGGGCCCAACCAAGUCCUAGAGGAGGCCAGGGAUAGUCACAAGGGAAAAGUCCAGGAUGAGAGUCCAGCAGAGAUAAAAGAAACCUGUGAAGUAGAGGAGAAUUCCCCAAAAUCAGAGGAACCACCACCAGCUGCUUUAGAUGCUCCAGGAUCAGAUGGGCAACCCCCAGAUGUGGAGCCUCGUACCCUUCAGUUUGACAGGCUGGUGAGACAGUCCAAGUUGUGGUGCUACGCCCGGGGCUUCAGGACAGACAUGAGGGACCUACACCCCAGGGUUUCCCACAAAGGAAAGGGGGCGUCUGGGGCCAGAAAGAACGGGAAGCUCAGGCACCGCAAGAGGAAUGGGAAAGCGGAUGGAAAGAUUCCUGUUCAUUGCAAUAAACGGCUAAACAGUGGCCCCAGUCACCCCGCCAGACCCCCAUUCCGAUUCUUGGACAAUUUUCCUUCUCCGGCUUCUUUGGUUGUAGGAGAAGACGGGGAUCUGUGUCCGGCCUAUUCCCUGAAAGCCACGGAGCCUUCAACCCUCCCCAGGUCUCACCCUCUCUGGGACUGGCACCCCGGGGGCACUGCCAUCCCUCUACCUCCCAGCCUUAAAUUUAGGACUUUUCCCUGGGGGGACUGUGAGUAAAUGAGCUGGUCCAUCCUCGGGGGCAUCUGUCCAACUGCACUGGCUCUGUAUCUGCACCGGUUACCAAGGUGGGAGAAAGAGGGGGAAGGGCCACACAAACUCACCAGGACCCCCUGUUCCACCAUAUUCACAAUCAGAGAAAUGAGUAUUUAUUUUUCUAUGUCCCUUGUAAAGGGAGUGAAGUUUCUACAUUUGUUUUUCUUUUACUUUCAAAGAGUAUUUUUGUAAGCGCUUUGUACACUUUCUAUUCUAUUGUCUGGAAAUGCUGAAAAUGGUGCUGAAAAUCUGCCUUUUUUUGUUAUUAAAGUCCCACAAGCAGCAA